CAUAUGAUCUGCUUCGUGAUCAAGAUUUGUCAGUGCGCCGAUCUGCUUGAAAAAGCGGGCAGCGGGAGACCAGGACACUUUCAGAAGUGAUGAGUCUCUGUCCAACUGUAAAAUGCUUGUGUGCCACUGAAAAUCCCGCUGUCGAGGGAGAGCUGACAGGGUGAUCAUUUCCCAAUCGUCCUCUAGGCUGCGACAUGGAUGCAGGUCAGUGGAUCAAGGGCUUCCAUUGGGCCAAUACAUUUCUUAUUUCCGUCGGCUACCGCAUCCCUGUCAGCAACUAACCAGAGACAUGGAAAAAAAGAGCGGGAUUCCGUUUUGUGUGUCAUUCUGUUGGUGAGGCCGUAUCAUCUCACUUAUGCACUCUGUCUUCGGGCGUGAUGCCGAAAGCUUUCGGCCGAUGUAUUUCGGCCACCACCGACUUUUUACUGUACUCCGAAAAUGAAUCCAUUGUCUAUAUCAUAAACCGAUACUGAUGUCCAAGUUUACACUUUCGUCGAACAUUACUUCCGGGUAUUUAUCUAAAAUGUCUACCAAACCGCUGACCAAAACACCUACCCUGAAACGCUCACGAGUCCAAGCAGAGGAGCAAGAUAACAAUUACGAACCCUCUUCGGAAAACACAGGUCUCAGCCAUUUAUUACAUACGGAUGAGGGUGCAUUUUCCUACUCACUAGACAGUCAUGACCUUGCAAGUCUAGAUUCUAGCGCUGAUUCGCAAUUACGAUGUGCACUCCGCUUCCUCCCUGCCAAGCCUCAAUUGGACGCCCUAAUUGAAGCAUUCUUCAGCAAUGUCAAUCAUCAUUACAAUUUUAUACACCCACCAGCUUUUAUACGGCAAUACAUCAAUUGGUCAUGCAGAACGCCACAACCAUGUCUCCAGGAUCUUCAACUCACAACGCUCAUCUUCAUGAUGUGCGCUUGCGUCACUCAGCAUCUUGACGCUGAUUCCCAAACAACUCUGGGUAUCCAUCUGACCCAACCUCCAAAGGAUGUUUCCAAGGCCUACCACGAUGCUGGAACACGGCUUGCCGAGGCCAUACCAGCAGGGUCCUACCAUCUGACUAACCUUCAGUGGAAAGUCCUUUCUAUCUGUUGGUUCAAAGGCGAAGCAAAAUUCACUGAAGCCUGGCACACAAUUGGGCUCGCCGUGCAAGAGGCGUAUGAGUUGGGACUACACAAGUCUCGACACUUCAAGGUGACACAGGAUAUUGAGGUGCAGAUUGGUCGGCGAGCCUGGCGCGUGUUAUACUGCUGGAACUGGCAAUUGUCGUCCAUCCUAGGUCGGCCGUUCAUCAUGAAUGACAUCGAUUCGGAGCCUGAACUACCUGACCUGAAGAGUUCAGCGCCAACACCAACACUUCAUACAAAGCUUCAAUACCAACUCAUAUCUUCUCUUGCCAAGCGCUGGCAAACGCCGCAGAAUAUCAACUCGCCAUCCAUGGUCCGGGAUUACAAGAAGAUGGUGGAAGAUCAUAUAUCCUCUCUGCCAGCUGUAUUUGCUCUAAGCGACCCAGACACCUCGAAAGAUGCUGAGUGGCCAUGGGUCGUGACGCAUCGCUACUAUAUCCAGACAAUGGCGUACUUCAUGAUUCUCCAGCCAUAUAAAACCUACUUACUGCAUCCAUCAACAGACUUGUCUCUACCCGAGAUACAACAGUUACGAGCGGAAGCGGUAGAGUGUUCUCUGAAGACGUUGCAAAUCGCAACUCAAUGGGCAUCUCGGGUCUCACAAGGUGAUGGGCAAUUUCAUCUUGUCGUUUUGUGUCUCUUUGAUACUGCCGCUUUCUUAUCCAUGUCUCUGCAAAGGGAUCAAACGAGGAGCUUCCCUCAGCGGAACAAAGUAGUUGUUGCAGUUAACGAGGCUGUUACGAUACUGAAGGAACUGCGGGUAAUAUCGCGGGGAGCUCAAUCGUCGUACGGACUUUUAUGUAAGAUCCUACGGAAAAUGGAUUGGAAUACUACAGAUAGCUUGGAAACCUAAUGACUCACGAUUUAUGUCACGAAGUUUAAUUUCAUUUUGUAUUAAGGUGUUUUUGAUCACAAGCAAUCAAUGAAUAUGAACU